AGUUGCAUCCGUUGUUAUCAGUAGACAACAGAUUUCACCUUUGAAUCUCACAAAGCUCCCUUUGUAUUCGACAGGAUGAAGCUGGCUGCCGCCUUCCUGGUGCUGUUCCUGGUCGUCCUCAUGGCUGAACCUGGAGAGUGUUUCUUGGGUUUUAUUUUUCGUGGUAUCCACCAUGGUAUCAAGGCAAUCCAUCAUAUGAUCCAUGGUCACAGUUACGACGAGCAGCAGGAGCUCGACAGGCGCUCAGUCGAUGACAACCCCAGUGCUAUUGUUUUUGACUGAAGAAGUCGCCCUGAAGGAACCUUCAGAUGAUCUAUAAUGCUUCUUGCUUUUCAUUGAAAUAAAUCAUACAUUUACCCGCAACAGCAA